AUGGCAAACCACGCUUUGACCUCAAACCCUCCCAACGCUCUUAUACACAUCACCACUCAUGGUUCUGAUUGGCUAUGGGCAGUCUUCGCCCUCAUGCUUUUGGCCGAUCUUAUCGUCUUCUUCCAUCAUCUAACCAUUCCUCGAGGUCAAAGAGUCUUCCAUCAUCUAUCCAUGUUCAUCCUCACCACCGCUGCCAUAGCCUAUUUUGCCAUGGCCUCUGAUCUCGGUGCCACACCGGUCGGCACCGAAUUCAGCCAUUACAGUAAUUAUCCACAAGGCGUCUCUCGACAAGUCUGGUAUGCACGAUACAUUGAUUGGGUAAUCACCACUCCAUGUCUUUUACUCACUCUCGUACUCGCUUCCGGUCUUCCACUUUCCGACAUUUUCGCUCUCGUCUUCUUCGACUUGGUCAUGAUCGUCACUGGACUCAUCGGUUCUCUCACUGCCUCUUCUUAUAAAUGGGGCUUCUUUUUAUUUGGAAUGGUUGCUUUAGUAUAUAUCUGGUACGUUCUCGUCGGUCCUGCAAGAGUAUCAGCAAGACUUCUCGGUCCAGCAUACGGGAGAACUUUCACCACUUCGGCAAUAUUACUUUCGUUCCUUUGGUUACUCUAUCCUAUAGCUUGGGGAUUGGCAGAUGGUGGUAAUGUAAUUUCACCAAAUGGUGAAAUGGUAUUUUAUGGUAUACUCGAUUUACUCGCUAAACCAGUUUUCAUCUUCCUUCAUUUGGGAAUGUUGUCCAAGUUGGAUUUAUCACUUUUGCAAUUGCAAAGUGGGAAAUGGUCUUCGGGUGCUACGUUU